ACGGCUAGCGUUCAUCAAGGGUCCGCAGCAAUGGAGGCGACGACUAUCCCUAGCGAAACCUUCAAGCUAGGCUUCGUCGGAGCAGGGAAACUGGCGGAGAGUAUCGCCAGAGGAGUCGUGCGGUCUGGUUUGCUGCCACCCAACCGGAUCUCCACCGCCAUCCAUUCGAAUCCCAAUCGCCGCAUUGCCUUUGAGUCCUUCGGCGUUAGUAUUCUCCCUCACAACAGCGCUGUUGUUGAAGACAGCGAUGUGGUUGUUUUCUCUGUGAAACCCCAUGUUGUUAAAGAUGUGGUCUUGCAACUGAAGCCAGUACUUUCAAAGAAGAAACUUUUAGUGUCAGUUGCUGCUGGAGUAAAAUUAAAAGAUCUGCAGGAAUGGGCAGGUCAUAGCCGAUUUAUCCGGGUUAUGCCGAAUACACCAUCUGCUGUGGGAGAGGCGGCAACAGUCAUGAGCUUAGGAGGAGAUGCAACAGAAGCGGAUAGGGGACUAGUUGGUAAAUUAUUUGGCUCGGUUGGUAAAAUUUGGAGAGCUGAUGAGAAAUUGUUUGAUGCAAUAACUGGCCUCAGUGGAAGUGGCCCAGCAUAUGUGUAUCUGGCAAUUGAAGCUUUAGCUGAUGGGGGAGUGGCUGCAGGUCUUCCGCGAGAACUUGCCUUGGGUCUAGCUACUCAGACAGUUCUGGGAGCAGCAUCUAUGGUCAGCAAAUCAGGUAAGCAUCCUGGUCAGCUCAAAGAUGAUGUAACGUCAGCCGGCGGUACUACAAUAGCCGGAAUUCAUGAGUUGGAGAAGGGUGGAUUUCGAGGGACAUUGAUGAAUGCUGUUGUUGCUGCUACUAAAAGGGCCCGAGACCUGUCCCAGAACUAAACCUGUAUGAUAUUUAUUUCCCAAAUCAUUAUUUACAGACAAUAACCGGGAAAUAAUAUCAUAUAUUCAGGCUGGAUGAUCUCAGGCUUUGCGUUUUCCUUUUACUUUUCCAGGGUCAUAAUGCAUUUCUAUGAAAUGAUAAUGCAGUUACCACAAAACUUCUUUAAGAUGAUGUACUAAUUAGACUAGUUAUUUUGUUGGGAAGCAUGAAUGAAAAAACAUAGUUGAUGAGGUGGGGAAUAUUAAAUGUGAACUUUAAUU